ACAGUUUAACUUUCGUGCUUUCUGGGCAGAGAAAUGGUCCUGGGGACAGUUCUGCUUCCACCUGAUAGUUAUGGAAGAGAUCAGGACACGUUGCUUUGCUGCCUGUGCAGUGAGGCCUCAGAAACUGCUCUACCUACCUUAUCAGAUCACUUUGCCAGCUGUGUGGAGGAUGGAUUUGAGGGAGACAAGACUGGAGGCAGUAGUCCAGAAGCCUUGCACCGCCCCUAUGGUUGUGAUGUUGAACCCCAAGCACUGAACGAGGCCAUCAGGUGGAGCUCCAAGGAAAACUUGCUGGGAGCCACUGAGAGUGAUCCUAAUCUCUUUGUUGCACUUUAUGAUUUUGUAGCAAGUGGUGAUAACACACUCAGCAUCACUAAAGGUGAAAAGCUACGAGUCCUUGGUUACAAUCAGAAUGGUGAGUGGAGUGAAGUUCGCUCUAAGAAUGGCCAAGGUUGGGUGCCAAGCAACUACAUCACCCCAGUAAACAGUCUGGAAAAACAUUCCUGGUACCACGGACCUGUGUCACGCAGUGCAGCUGAGUAUCUACUCAGCAGUUUAAUCAAUGGCAGUUUCCUGGUGCGAGAAAGUGAGAGCAGCCCCGGGCAGCUGUCCAUUUCGCUCAGGUACGAGGGGCGCGUGUAUCACUACAGGAUCAAUACCACCACAGAUGGCAAGGUAUAUGUGACCGCUGAGAGCCGCUUCAGCACCUUAGCAGAGCUUGUCCACCAUCACUCCACAGUGGCUGAUGGGCUGGUGACAACAUUGCACUACCCCGCACCCAAGUGUAACAAGCCUACAGUUUACGGUGUGUCCCCCAUCCAUGACAAAUGGGAAAUGGAACGAACAGAUAUUACCAUGAAGCACAAGCUUGGGGGUGGUCAGUAUGGAGAGGUUUACGUUGGCGUCUGGAAGAAAUACAGCCUGACGGUUGCUGUGAAAACAUUGAAGGAAGAUACCAUGGAGGUGGAGGAGUUCCUGAAAGAAGCUGCAGUGAUGAAGGAAAUCAAACAUCCUAAUCUGGUACAGCUAUUAGGUGUGUGUACUUUGGAGCCACCAUUUUACAUUGUGACUGAAUACAUGCCAUAUGGGAAUCUCCUUGAUUAUCUCCGAGAAUGCAACCGAGAAGAGGUGACUGCAGUUGUACUGCUUUACAUGGCCACUCAGAUCUCUUCGGCAAUGGAAUAUUUAGAGAAGAAGAAUUUCAUCCAUAGAGAUCUUGCAGCUCGGAACUGCCUAGUGGGAGAAAACCACGUGGUAAAAGUGGCUGACUUCGGCUUAAGUAGAUUGAUGACUGGAGACACCUACACUGCUCAUGCUGGAGCCAAGUUUCCUAUUAAAUGGACAGCACCAGAGAGCCUUGCCUACAAUACCUUCUCAAUUAAAUCUGAUGUCUGGGCUUUUGGGGUACUGUUGUGGGAAAUUGCUACCUAUGGAAUGUCACCAUAUCCAGGUAUUGACCUGUCUCAGGUCUAUGAUCUACUGGAAAAGGGAUAUCGAAUGGAACAGCCUGAAGGAUGCCCCCCUAAGGUUUAUGAACUUAUGAGAGCAUGCUGGAAGUGGAGCCCUGCUGACAGGCCCUCUUUUGCUGAAACACAUCAAGCUUUUGAAACCAUGUUCCAUGACUCCAGCAUUUCCGAAGAGGUAGCUGAGGAGCUUGGGAGGGCCGCUGCCGCCUCAUCUGUCGUCCCCUACCUGCCCCGAUUACCUAUUCUUCCUUCCAAGACCCGGACACUGAAGAAACAAGUGGAGAACAAGGAGAAUAUCGAAGGGUCCCUAGAUGCCACCGACAAUUCUGCUUCCAGUUCAGCACCAGGGUUCAUUAGAAGUGCACAGGUCCCCAGUGGGUCCCCAGCACUGCCUCGAAAACAAAGAGACAAGUCACCCAGCAGCCUCUUGGAAGAUGCUAAAGAGACGUGCUUCACCAGGGAUAGGAAGGGAGGCUUCUUCAGCUCCUUCAUGAAAAAGAGAAAUGCUCCCACACCCCCCAAACGCAGCAGCUCCUUCCGAGAAAUGGAGAAUCAGCCCCACAAGAAAUAUGAACUCACGGGUAACUUCUCAUCUGUUGCUUCUCUACAGCAUGCUGAUGGGUUCUCUUUCACUCCUGCCCAGCAAGAGGCGAAUCUGGUGCCCCCCAAGUGCUAUGGGGGGAGCUUUGCACAGAGGAACCUCUGUAAUGACGACGGUGGCGGGGGUGGGGGCAGUGGCACUGCAGGGGGUGGGUGGUCUGGCAUCACAGGCUUCUUUACACCACGUUUAAUCAAAAAGACACUGGGCUUACGAGCAGGUAAACCCACAGCCAGUGAUGACACUUCCAAGCCUUUUCCAAGGUCAAACUCUACAUCUUCCAUGUCCUCAGGGCUUCCAGAGCAGGAUAGGAUGGCAAUGACCCUUCCCAGGAACUGCCAGAGGUCCAAAAUCCAGCUGGAAAGGACAGUGUCCACCUCUUCUCAGCCAGAAGAGAGUGUGGACAGGGCCAAUGACACACCUCCCAAAAAGUCAGAGGAAGGUGCUGCUCCAACCAGGGAGAGACCAAAAGCCAAACUUUUGCCCAGAGGAACCACAGCUCUUCCCCUAAGAAGCCCCUCUGGGGAUCCAGCCAUUACAGAGAAGGACUGUCCAGGGGUGGGGGCAGCUGGAGUGGCAGCUGCCCCAAAGAGCAAGGAGAGGAAUGGUGGGGCACGACUUGGCAUGGCUGGAGUCCCAGAGGAUGGCGAGCAGACAGGCUGGGCUUCUCCAGCCAAGGUUGCGGCCAUGCUCCCCACCACACACAACCACAAAGUGCCCGUCCUCAUCUCCCCCACUCUGAAGCACACUCCAGCCGACGUGCAGCUCAUUGGCACAGACUCUCAGGGGAACAAAUUCAAGCUCUUAUCUGAGCAUCAGGUCACAUCCUCUGGAGACAAAGACCGACCCCGACGGGUAAAACCAAAGUGUGCCCCACCCCCACCACCAGUGAUGAGACUACUGCAGCAUCCGUCCGUGUGCUCAGACCCCUCGGAAGAGCUGGCAGCCCCGGCUGCCGGACAGCCCACGUCAGAAACACAGGAAGGAGGGAAAAAGGCAGCUCCAGGGGCAGUGCCCACCAGUGGGAAAGCUGGGAGGCCUGUGGUGCCUCCACCUCAAGUGCCUCUGCCCACAUCUUCCAUCUCGCCAGCCAAAAUGGCCAACGGCACAGCAGGUACUAAAGUGGCUCUGAGGAAAACCAAACAGGCAGCUGAGAAAAUCUCCGCAGACAAAAUCAGCAAAGAGGCCCUGCUGGAAUGUGCUGAUCUGUUGUCCAGUGCCAUCUCAGAACCAGUGCCCAACAGCCAGCUGGUGGACACUGGGCACCAGCUGCUUGACUACUGCUCAGGCUACGUGGACUGCAUCCCUCAAACUCGCAACAAGUUUGCCUUCAGAGAGGCCGUGAGCAAACUGGAACUCAGCCUGCAGGAGCUGCAGGUGUCUUCAGCCACUGCGGGCGUGCCUGGGGCAAAUCCUGUCCUUAAUAACUUACUAUCGUGUGUACAGGAAAUCAGCGAUGUGGUGCAGAGGUAGCCACUGUUAGCCUACUGGAAGAGGCACACGUUUCUGAGGGGACGGGAAGGGACUUGUUUUCCUGUGUUCUUGUUUUCAAAAAAUGAAAGACUGAUACUUGAGUGUGUUUAUGUGAAGUACCUCAGCUCUCUGAGAUCUCACGUUUACAGGUUCAUCUCAAAAAUAACAAAAAGCAAAACUCAUAGGAGAGGGAAAUUGGAGGGAUUGGGCGGUGGUGGGCAGGAUGGGAAGCUGCACUGGAAUAUCAGGGAAUGUGUAUACGUGGUGCGGUGAAGAACCAAAUCCAGCCAUUCUGACCUGGAAUGAUGCGAGGUGGUUAGACAGGGCUGCCCUUGGCAGUGCCGGGAGACUGCCCAGACGGGCCUGGCUGCGGCACCCGUCUGUCCCGCACAGAGGGAACGGGCUUAGGGCUCCGGGAGGUACUAAUGAUUAUGUUCACCUCACCCAGGGAAGUCAGUGGAACAGAAGAAAGGAAAGCUGGGAAGGUGCUAAGUGAAGUUUCAUCCAAGGCUGUUGGAAGCAGCUAUUAGCCUUGCUUCCCCAAGGUCACUUGCUGCAGUAAGAACCGCAAAUCAAAUUGCUGGAAUGACAAAACCGGGAAAGGUGACCCUGUCUGUUGCUCCUCUCCUGUUUUCCAUUGGUGUGUUAAUUGGAGCUGCAAGUAAAGAAAUCUAGGAAGUACAGUCAGGGAGCUUGAAAGCUCCUAAAAUCUCACAUUGAUCAGCACAAGUCACUUCUCCCAGUCUAGUGUGUUAUUUCCUAACAGACCAGGAUUAUAGGGGUCUCUAGUGGUUCUUCUCUGCCCCCUGCUGGGCAGGCUGUCUUCCUUAUUCCUGGCUCUUUCAGGCAUUAACCAACAUUGAUUUUGAAAUUAGUGGUCAUGGACAGGUUCUCACAGGGAAUCCUUUUCUGAUACAGUGCCCCUGCAUACUGACAUGCUAGUCAAGGACUUGGGGAGCUGUGUAUUUUGUUAUCAACUAAAUCUCCAAGAAAGGGGCUCUUCUUGGAACCCAACAGCCAGGCCCAGAGACCUAUGACUGAGGAGAGGCUGGUUUGGUCCUAGUGGCUGUUUCUCUGUACCUCUCCCUUCAUCACCUUAGACCCAAUCUGGGUAGAAAGUAGAGAGAAGCACACACACACACUCUCUCUGGAUUUCAAAUGAAUCACCCUAAAUUUUUCUCACAUGCCUUUCUCCUUUCACAGUCCCCCCUCCCUCCAUCGUUGUGCUUGUUUGUAAAGAUCACAUUGGGAAUAUUCUUUGAUAUUUAUUUUAAUAUCAUAUUUUAAGAGUGUAUAAUUGAAGGAGCAUGUCAUUUCUAGGGAAAACCAAUUAGAUCCUGGAAAUCUAAUGACUUAACCCUCAAAUAUAUUUUGCCUUUGAAAAAUAGGCCUUUUCCUUCCCUACUCAUUAAUUAGCUUUCAUUAUUAUGGAAGCUAAUUAGGAUCGCAGGGAGCUGAAUCUAAUCGGUAGAUGUUAUUAAUAUUCUCAUUAUCAGGUCUAAUCCCAGUUACCACUUCAUUCUGUUUUUAAAGCUUUGUGACUCCCUCCCCAAGGAGAACCCAAUACAAAAAAAUAAAUACAUUAUUUUUUUCCUUCCAAAGGAAUAUUAACUUAGGAAGAUAGGAAUUCAGCAUUGGUGAGCAGUGAAUUUUCUUCCUGCCUCUGUCAUCGAUCCACUGUCAAGCCACAGCCCCGUCUCUAAAUCUGUUAAAUGAAGGUAAUGAUUCGUGUUCUCAUGGGUGUUUCACAAAUAAGGGCGUAGUGCUCCCUCUGAGAGCCUCCCUACAAAGCUAUUCAGUGCAGUGGUGUUGCCUUGAAUGGUUUUCAGUCUCUUCUGUGCUCAGUAGCAAGUCAUGAAAUUUAGAGCUGUUGAGAUUACAUUAAUUGGGCUAGAAUACUAAUAGGGAAAAACUAUGUUUUAGACAGAGUUUGACAUCUUUGACCAAGGAGGACAUUUAGUUUUCAUCAGAAAGAAAGGAAACCUUGAUUCUUAUCAUGGCUGCUCGAAAGGAGGCCCAGGCCCAGGGAAGGGUUUGAAGGGAGGGGGCAGUCCUGGGCAUUCCUUGCUGGGUGGUGGUCUCUGUCUGACACCGGAAGAUGCAGCAUAGGCAGCUAGUGAUGUGCUUAGUCUCCUUGCAGCGGUUGGAAGAGAAGCUCGAGUUCCUUUCAAUGUGGAUUUAAAGACCAACAGUCCCGCUCCUAUCUCCUUCCUCGCCACUUCCCUUCAUUAUACACUUCCGUAAACUUGAAAUCGUUUUAGCAAUUAGCCUUUUAAGGGUGGGGCAGGGAAAGCUAAAACUUUAGACUAUUUUAUGCUGCUUUUUAAGUUUAUCCUGUCAUUAUGGGAUGCCAGUUGAGGGAUUAUAAUUGUUUUUCAGGGGAUUUUUUUUUUCCUAAGCAAGGGAUCUUUCAUGGAGAGCUCUGAGAAUAAGCCUUGGAGGAACACUACUGAGUGUAUUUAAGCUCCAGAUUUCUCACCGAAAUAGUCUUGAGGGUGGGGGCUGUGUCUUACUCAGGGGUGGCACCUGGCUCUAUCUUGCCUACAGUAGGUGCUCAGUAAGUUAAUGAUUGAGUUUUUUCAACACUGUCAAUAGUAACAUUGACUUUUGCAGCACCCCCAUCCACAUGAUGCUUGAACUGUGGAACUUCAGGAGUUGAGAGCUCAGGGUUAAGGGUUAAAGAGGCACUGUCAACUUACAAAAGUCUAAUAGAGGUUUUUCCUUUUUCUACUUGAAAAGGACCAGAUUUAAAAAAUAACCUUAUGUAAAUUUAAAAGUUUGAAUUCAAAGCAGAGAAAACUGCUUUUUAGAAAUUAAAAAUGUAGUUGAAUUCUAAUCGGUUUAAAAGCAAAGCAGAGAGCAGGAGCAAAAAGACAAAAUGUUGAAAACUUUCUAAAGUUAUACACACACACACACACACACACACACACACACACACACACACCCCUUUGGGCUAUGACAGUUUGAAUCCUUUCAUAUACAGAUAAUACAAUUUCAGCUUAGAUUUCCUACCUUAAAAUGCAAUAUUUUGUGUAGAAUACAUCUUUAUUGUGCUUUACAUGAAGUAUUUUCUUAAAAGGCUUUGUGUAAAAUUAAAAUGUGUGUAUUUUCUAUUGACUGCCCUCGUAAUUUUCAGAGAUAUAGCCUUAAAACAAUUGGCCCUAAGAAGUUCUUUCAGUGUUUUUCCAGAUGACCUCUGCACAUUGAGGUCUUUAUGUGGAGCCACUUGCCCAGCUGCAUUUUGGGUUUUAAAUUAGAAUUUUCUUAUAAUUCAAUUGAAAGUUGGCUAAUAAAAUAGUGCCCGGUUAAUAAAAUAUGCUCUGCUAAGGCAUAGCCCAUAUUUAUUUAAGUAACGUCAUGGAGCUUUUGAGUUGGGGAUAGAGUAUAGUCGGUGAUUAAGAGUUCAGACUCUAAAGCCAGUCCAGGGGCAAGUCAUUUAAUCGUCCUGAGCCGUAGUUUCCUCAUUGGAAAACAGGGAUGAUAAUAGUAACUACCUCAGGUUGCCAUAAGGAUUAAAUGAUAAUAUAUGUAAGAUACUUAGCUCAGUGCCCGGCACAUGCUGAGCACUCCAUAAAUGUCAAUGACCACUAUUAUUACUAACAAACUUAGUCCAGUGACUCUUAGCCAGGAUUGUGCAACAAAAUCCUCUGCGUUUAAAAACAAAAUAAAAUCUGAUGCAUUGAUCAGAAUUCCCAGUGGGGUGAGGGCUCAGCCGGUGUGUUUUACAAGAACCCGGCCAGGUGUUUCCGACACUUGUCAGCAUCCCACUUUUUUCCUUAUAGCUUAAGACUGGAAGAGAAGACAGUUACUCGCUGUGGAUCUCAGCAGUUAAUUAGUGGCAGAGCCAAGGCUACAGUUCACUCUCUUGAUUUUCUGGUUGUGGGGUCCCUCCCCAUUCCUGCUGCCUUGUGAGACACUGCAGAGAAAGUGGCUCAGAUAGACAAUCAGUCUGCACAGCGCUGCACACCCUAAAGCACACGCUCCUGGCACCCUCUGACCUUAAGGGGCUUGAAUGCCGAGUGAUGGCAAUACUAGCUAAACAGGCAAUCUGUAGAUGUCAGUAACUUAAACACUGUGUGGAGUCAUUCUUUGGGACAGAGCUCAGCGGCACCGCGAUCUGCACUUUGUAAUAAAGAAAUACCAACUUAAGUUCUAAAACCUUGUCCUACAUUCCUCUUUCCUCAGAAAAUAGCAACAUAAAAUUUUAUUCUGUGCCAUUUUAAUGAUGGAAAUAAUGUAUAUGAAAGCACUUUGAGGAAAAAGUAUCAAAUGUAAUAUAACUAUAAGGUCAUAUUAUCAAUGUCUAUUUAAAAGUUAAAGCAGUUGGUUACAUGCUGAUCGACUUACAGGCUUUUACCUGUGUGGGACCUGAAAAUGCAGAUACGUAAGCAGUCACCUCUGUAACUUACGGCAUUUAUAAAUAUGAAACUGCUAAAUGACUAUGUGCAGGUAUAGUAAGUGUUUUACUGAAAUUGUAGCUUAAUGUUGAAUAACUUCAGAAAACUAGGGACCAACUUUCUGGUUUAAGUAUAAUCAUUAAAAAGUAACAAUGGGCACUCACUCCACAACAGAGAAGCUCUUCCAGGCACCUGACUCAAGAAGAAGGGGGCCCUGUUGGUUGUGAGCCUUUGUCCACUACACAUCCAGUCAUCUAGCAUCUAAAUGUGGCAGCAGCAGACACAUUGCCUGUUGAUGUUGACAGUGUCUUUUUUAACCUGUGUCCUGCGUGGGGUUUUUGUUGUUGUUGUUUUCCUGCGGGACAAGGGGUUUGGGGGUGAGAGGAGAUUGGAUGGCUAUAGAACCAGAGCGUUUUAGGAUUUCCUAUCAGUUAUAAAUGAGCUUGACAUUCAUCAUCCAUGUUUAUUUUUUUCUAAGAAGAGUAGCUGAAUAUAACUCACCUGUUAGAUGAUAAAAUACCCAAGAGUAAACUGCAUUGGUGGCCACUUUGAGUGACAGCUGCACUGUAUUCUGACAUCUCCUAUUCCCUUCCAUGUUUGCUACUGAUGUCAUCACUGCUCUCAGGCUCUGCUCCCACAUUGGGCUGACAGGGUUGUCUGCAGUUUUGUUCUUGAUGACUUCUGGGUUUCAGCAUCUUGCUUGCAUUAGUUUGGGAUCCAUCUCUCUGUCCUUAGCCUUUAUGACCAGUCCUCUUUAUGUAGGUGGGUCUCUAGACAGAAGUUUCUAAUGUAUUUGUUAAAGACUCCAGCUGUCUAUAUCUCUGUCUUAGCUUCUGUCAAGCCAGUAGCUCGGUUCUUUUGUAAAUUCCUGAUUCAUUUUGAGAUCUGUGGGAGCAAGAGAGAGAGAGAGAGAGAAAGGCAGCCCCAAGGGCACCUGACAAUCCAGGGAAGUAGCUGGUCGCCACAGCCUCGUCACAGAGGAAGGCCUUGGGCUGGUUCUAAAACGUGUCCUACUGUUAACAGGAUAUUUAUAUCCUUGGGGUAGAGUUUCAGUUUUCCAACUCCCAGACUUUAAAAAAAAUCUAAUGUAAGGCUUGCUUUUUCGGGCAGGUCAAUAGUGCCUGGUGUAACAGUUACCAUUACCUGCUCUGUUACCAUGGGCCUCCACUGCCCACCCCGUUCUCCUGUGUCACUGGGGAAGCAUGGGUGAUUUCAGGGCUUCUCAGUAACUGUUUUCGCUCCAGCCUGCCUUUCGUGGAGUUUACUGCAAUGUCCAAAAAGAUGAGCUUCUGUUCUGGUCCUGCUGCCUUUCAUGCCACCCACCUGAGGUAUAAGUUAUAUCUUGAGAUAACGUGUAUGCAAGAUGACUCCGUGUCCUAGAUCCAAAGGACAGGAAAUUGGGGAAGGCUUCACCUGUGAUUAUCAGGGUAGGACAAUCCCAUGCUGCUCCCCUGGGGAGGAGGCCUGGCAGCUCAUCUUGCUUUUAGCUGACUUGGGAGGCGUGGGGAUGACUCCAAGAGGAUUGUGCCUUCAAGGAUGGGUUUCAUGUGUUCUGCAGAGGAAAAGACUUGUCAUCCCGGUUGAAGUUGCAAGUUGCUGAACUGGUAGAAAUGAACAUGCUGGUUGCAGUGGCUCAGAGCCCUGGUCAGGGAGAGUCCCCAUUUGGAAGUUCUCCCCACACGGCCACUGCUCUUCUCUCCGUCCUGCUGGUGAGUGGGGGAAGGAUGCUCUAACUGCACCCUUCCCUCCCUCCAGGUCACUAACUCCUUUGCCCCUAUGUACCAUUAUACAUUUGAAAUUGUUUACCUCUCCUAGAAAAAGUAUAUCCUUUAAUCUCCUCAUUGCUGAGCAAUCUGAACACAGUAGCAAGGCCUUGUUAACUCAACCCGCAGUCACAGGUGGUGUGUGAGCAGAUCUUCAAACCUGCAGACCCUCUAAAUUGGGUGGGGAACCUUUUUUCUGCCACAGGCCAUUUGGCUAUUUAUAACAUCAUUUGAGCGCCAUACAAAAUGAUCAACUUAAAAAGUAUGUUGCUAUGGAAAAGCUUCUAGAUUUACUGAAUUUUUAGUCCCGCCUGUGGUUGCCUUGGCAGGGCCAGACCAAAUGGUACGGCCGGCUGUUCCCCACCCCUGCUCUGAGGAAAGGAUAGCUCCUGUAAGUUGAAAGGCUAGACCAAUACUGUCCGCAGACCACACCUUAUCCCACCCUGUGUCUGUUCUUUGUUCAUCGUACUGAAAGCAGCAAGUUUCUGGGUCCUACCUGUCACUCAUACUUCUGAGCUGUACACACAGGGCAUGAGGUCUUCGAGCAUUCUAGUUAGUUUUUUUGGAUAUGGUGGAAAUGAACUGUCAAAUGCUAGCAGACUUAAAGGAAAUAUAAUGUCUGGUUGGAGCUUGUUUAGAUUUGCUUCUGAGUCUUAAGAUGGUUUUAAAUCAUGUGUUUAAGCACCGUAAACUUUAGUUGGAGAAUGGGACUUCUGGUUAAUAAAAUAACCAUAUGUAAGGAUAGUUAAUUUCAGCAAUUAUAACAAUAACACAGGUAUGCCAGAUGUAUUCUAGAUUCAGAAGAUAUUGCAGGAGCGGCGUUGCUUUAGGUGAUCGGUGUUGCAUCCCAGCCACUAUUCUGUAUGGUUCAGAGUGGCAGCACUGCCCAGAGGCAGAGAUGCUUCUGGUAGAUGAGGCCUGGAUUUUCUCCAUUGACAAGCUAUUUUACACUAUGGCCACUGUUUUUGGAACUCUUUUAUGAGAGAAAUUUUCAGAGAUUUGGAGAAGUCACCUUGAUUAGGCUGAUUGUCCUUGAGAGAAAUUAGUAUUCAGAAGCUGGAAAGGACAAUGAGGUACUCAUAGCUAUUUAGGGCGUAUGCUUGAAAACCCUCACAUCUCAGGUCUGUGUAGAGGGAACAUGCCAUGUCCACGUUAUGUGCGUACCCUGUUGUCGUGCUCACUAAGAAAGGAGGGGUAAGAAAGGGAGUUAAUCCAACCCUGGUUGGUGUGUUUGCCGAGAACAGGCUGCCUGAGCUGUUGGUCUGUGCUCAGAGCCUGUCUCCUGGGUGUACCCCAUACUCUUCCUUCUCUGCAGUUUGAUUCUGUGACUGUCAGUGGAGGAACCCAGUUUUAUGUUCACUUGGCACAAGUAAAUUUGAAUAUUUUGUGGUGGUUGACAGAAUUUUGUCCUAAAACAUAGGCUUCAGAUUCUUUAAAACUUGUUCAACGUUUAUACCAAAGGUCACGCUCUGCAGGUGCAUGUGUGUUGGGUGCACAUGAGGGUGAGGUCUGGAGGGCCUGGCACUGUGCGCGUUGCUAAGGGAACACAGUGAGACAACACGGGAUGUAAUGAAAACACAUCAGUCAUGGGUCACACUGCCGGUGUCGUCAGGUGUUUGCUCUUGUUAUUGUAAUAUAUUUUCAGGUGUUUUGUUUUCUAAUUUAAUUCUCUCGCCCUGUUGUCUGACUGUGAACUGCUAACAGUGUUAAACUUGAUGUAAAUAAAUGAGGCCCUUGAAAGGGGAAUGCUGUCUGCCUGUUGUCUCACAAGGCUUGCCAACUUGUGUUUCAUUUUAAUAAAGGUUGCAAUAUUUUAUUGGCAAAGGAGGCUUUUGAUUGGAGUGUUUCUCCCAUCGUUUUAACUGACAGGGAAUCUGAGCAUCAUUUGUCUCUCUGUGUGGAAUAGAUGUCUGUAAGGUAAAGAAGCUGGGUUUAGCAAUCAUCCCUCUGGUACAUGCUGUAGAGUGUCCUCUGUGGGGGUGAAUACUUCUCCUUUGAUGGAUUCCAAAGGCAUCGUCUGGAGCCCAGCUGGUACAUCAGAGGAAAUCUGGAAAUUGUUUUAGAAACAAGUCAUUGAAGCACAAGAGCUGGAGUCGGACUGCCUGGGUUGAACUCCCCUCUCCUGGCUAGAGCUCUGUGACUUUCCAAAGACAUUUCACCUCUCGGAGUCCAGUUUUCUUUUAUUAAACAGCGAGGGAGUUGGUCCCUAAGUCAUAGUGUUCAAGAUGAUAUGAUUGUAAAGUGCUUAGCACAGGGCACAGUACACGGUAAGUUCUCAAAUGUUGGUCACCCAGCCAGGGCUCCAAGAACUAGAAUGGAGAAGGGCAGCCUUGGCUUACAGUGUCGUGUCAAAACUGACAGCAGUUUUACUAAGUUUUUAUUGUUCUGUUACCCGAGCACUUGAUCAGUAUUAACCAGUUUAAUCCUCACAGCAACCCUAGUUGUAAGUUGUGCUCACUUUGACAAAAGUGGAAACCAAGAUUAUGCUGGGGUUAACAGCUUCCUAUCAUCGCACAGUGGAAUGUGGCUGAGCCAAGGCACUCGGGCCCACAGAAGUGUUCAAAACCACGGAGUUCCGCUGUUUGCCUUGGUUCCCGGGCUGUAAGAGGUUUCGACCUAUCCUUAGGACAUGAGACAUGGCUGGCCAGUGCAGGAAGGAUGUCAGCUGUGACUCAAACCUGACGCUAUCGAAUGUACCUGUUACAAUGUGUAUUGCAGUUUAGAGCUGGGUAUGUAAGAGGGUCAGGUGGCCUGCACAUUCCUCCCCAGGUGCUCUAGCCUGAGACAGUGAAGACACCGGCCCAUCUAACCGGUGCAGUUAAGUCAGGUUUACUUUUGUCCCACGAGUGGUUUGAAACUGACUUCCUUCAACCAUUUAUUUGACUGUUUAUUGGGGAUCUGCUGUGGCUCGGGCUGGGUGCUCCCUAACCAGGAGGCAGCUAUUUGAGUGAGUGAGGACUAUGAAGUGUCCCGUGGGGAGAGAGAGAAGUCUGUCACUUCACCUGGGCUCAUGGGGAGAAGGCUGGGGAGGGCUUUAAAUGAGAGGUGAUGACAGAUCCAGCGACCUGUAUGUAAUUCCAAGUGUGCAGGGGAGAAACGUGAGCACUCCUCAGUGUACAUGUGGUCAUUCAGUCCUUAAAAAUGACUUUUCUCUUCAAAGCUGGGAGCAUGGAGUGACAUUUUCUUAUAGAAGAGCAAUAUGAAGGAAGCUUUUUCAGUACGAAGUUGAAGUAAACCGGCAGACCAGACACCUGGUGUCAGCUCGCCCGAGGCUCUCCCCUGCUGUGCUCACAGAUAUAAGCUGCUCAGCUUCCCCCUGAGAUUAACGACCUGAAAGGCGGCCCCACCCACCACAGGCUUCAGGUGGACGGCUUGACACUGAGGCCACUGCACUGGAAGAAUGGGAGCUGAGGUCUGGGGCCUCCUCCGGCAAAGGUCUGUACAAAAGAGACAUUGUCCGGCCUUGUCACCCUGCCUUGCUCCCUUUUGCCAAACACUUACUGAGACUGCUGGGUGCGGGAGCCCAGAGGGGUGCUGAGGUUCUCUCCGUUGACUUCCAUGUGUAUGUGACUCCAGGACAGUGUGGCAAGUGCUAAUGUAGGAGAAAACUUCAGAGGGAGGGGAAGUUUAGGAGGCACAACUCAGGGGGGCCUGUGACUGAAGCCUGGGAGAGUGAGAAAGGUCAUUAAAGAAAACAUCUGUUUGCCUUGAGCUGCCUUGCCCUAACGGAAGUGGAAUAUAGAAGGAUGGCGACAUGUGCCUAUGACAUCAUUAAGCAACUAGAAUUUCAGGUCUGAAGCACAGGAAAGAGGACUGGGUUAGAGAUAUGGAGAAAAAGGGUGAGAAGAAAUCUUAGUGGCACCAACAGGGACGCUGGGAAGGAGGCAGGACACCUGGAGUUGGCAGUGCUGCCUCCCUCUCUCCCCUCCCCUCGGGCUCCUGCAGCUCCUAAACCAACCAGGCUCUCCCUAGGAAGCUCCCAGGUACAUUAACUCAAGUGUCUGUUCGUUUGAGUGCGGCCUGUGUGCCAGGCUCUGGGCACAGAGAAGCAGCUGACUGGUUCCAUCCAUGCCUAGCAGGUAAGCUGACCAUCUAGCCGUGACCCAGUGCCUCCUUGCCCAGCUGGAGGGCCUGUCAGCAACAAGAGGAGUCCCUGUCCCGUUGCGUAAGUUCAGCUGCAUGUAGGGAAGCUUCUGCCCCAAGGCCUGCCAGGGAGGUCAUCACUGCACACGCAAGUGGCUGCACUUGCAUCAGCUGAGAUAAGACCUGCCCACAGAUUGCCCCAUCAAGGGCCAGGGGGGCAUGUGUAGGACUUGCGUAUGUGGCCCCAGGAGCACAGAUUCCAGUGCCUUCCCUGUUUCUGCCCAGAGCCAUCUACCUGACACGAAGUUUCUGGAGAGCAGGAGCUUAGCCUGUUUAUGUGACCACUGUGCAUAGCACAUAGCAGGCGCUCAGUGGAUAGUUUUGUCUCCACUUCCCUCCGAAUUUCUCCUCUUGUUUUGUCCUGCAGCCAUCAUCUCACCACGACAUAACCUGGGCCCCUUCUCUGUUCACUCUCCUAGUCCUUAGGAGCUGCUGCGCUGGCACAUGUAAUCUCACCAGCCCUCAGAGCCCAAAGGCCUUUCCGGAACGCUAAUCUCUGAAUCUUCAUUUCCUUAUUUGUAAAGAGAUUAGACAAUUUAAGAUACCCUCCUUAGGUUCUACACAGUCAACAUACGUGCAUUUUUUUCUUCCUGGGGUACAAGUCCUUUCUCUUCUUUUCCUGACAACAGUGCAGAGAGAACAGCCAUGAAUGUCCCAGUGAGAAGUGGACAGUCCCUUUGCUCUCGGGAGUUCCAAGGUCCUGCCUGUGGCCACCUGGAGCCUUCCAUGCUUGUAGAAUAGGUGGAGGCAGGCAGUGUGAGUGUUCUGGCCCAGAAGACUCGGCUCUGAGGGCUGAGGCAGUCUAGGCCCCCACACCCUACAUGUCCUGUUUCAAGCACCUCCUCCUGCCAUCACACUCCACACAGGUGGUGAAAAACCACCACCAGCUUACCUCCAACAGCAGCUCUAGGAAAUGUUUCAGGAUGAAACUGCUGUGAGUUGCUCACACUAGAAGUUCGAAUCAGCUAUGUUUUUCUUUCAGAUAGAGGAGUCCUUACACAUUCUAGAAAUCAAGCCCAGAAACUUGUUAAAGAGAAAAACCAGAGUCACUGUGCUAAAAGCCCCAUGGCACCAAGCCCGGACUUCUCUGGUCAGUACCAAUGAGGUAACCUGUCGCAGGCCCUCUUCCAUCACCAACGGAAGCUGGCCCUGCCAGAAACAGUCCUUUGUUUUGCCAGCUUUCAUGUCCUGCCCAGUUUUGCUUAUAAAAAGCAUUCCGUUGUCCAGAUUCUCAGAGCAUCUCUGUUUACUAGAUGGGAUGCUGCCUGAUUCAGGAACCGCUUAAUAAAGCCUAUUAGCUCUUCAAAUUUA